AUGAAUCGCCGACCACGCAAGAAGGCCCGUCCUGACAGCUCACCUCCCUCCAAUUCUGCAACAAACCCUAUCGAAGUCCCUGCACCUUCAACACAAGCAGAAGAAUCAAAUGAUGAACCACCUGCAAGUGCAGGUAUGACACACCUCACCGAUCAAGAGGAGCUGGCCAGUUGCCUCAAGAAAUUGACUGAAAAGGAUCAAACUCGUUUGCUUGCAUCACUCGGAGUCACCGGAACUGGUGAGAUUGAUGUCCGUGAGGUCAACCAACACUGUGCAAUUUGGUGUGAAGAGGCUGCACAACCAUUCUCUGCAUUGGAAGAUGAGAGCCUCAAGAGCAUAUUACACCCAACAGUCCUCAAGCACUUACCAAAUCGACGCACAGUCUCAAGAUCCAUCCAUCUCCUGUACACCGCGGUACAGGAAAGCUUUAAGCUUGAGUUGAAGAGCCGUGCAUUUUAUCUUGGCGUUGAUGCAUGGCAAUCCCCGAAUGGAUUUGAUAUCCUUGGCAUUGUCAUCUACUGGCUCAACGAGGCCAAACGAUCAAAUCAAAAACUUCAAUCAAUGCCACUUGACUUCAUCAAGAUGUCUCAAAGCCCUACGGGCGAAUACUUGGCUGAGAUGGUGCAAUCGGUUGUGGAGAAGUUUGGUGUUCAAAAAAGGUAUAUCUGCGGCAUAGUUUCAGAUAAUGCUUCAAACAACGCAGUGAUGAUUGAUCAGUUGACAAAAGGGAAAUGGCCUCGCUUCAAGGGAGGGCCUCAUUGGAUCCGGUGCUUUGCACACAUACUCAACCUCAUCGCUAAAGCAAUCUUGAAACCGUUUGGAACCGAGAGGAAGUCCAACCAAAACAUCGAUAAUGAUUCAGAAGAUGAAGAUGAUAUACAGGAGAUUCAGCACUACACCAACAUCCACCCUGAUUUUGAGUCAGUCGAGGACAAGGAUUUCAAUUCAGAGGAGGAUGAUGAGGGAGUUACUAAAGUUGCUGAAGGUGAAGAGUUGGAUAUCGAAGACAUCAACGAUCUAAGUGAAGAAGAGGAGAAUGAUCAGUACACUUCACAGAAUUGUCGACAGACACUUGCAAAGUUCCGAGCAAUUGCCCGUAAAUUGAAAAAGUCACCCAACACAAGAGAUUUAUUUGCCAAUAUCUGUGAAGCCCACUCAAUUCAAUCACCACACCGGAUUGCACAAGAUGUACAAACAAGGUGGAACUCAACCUUCCUGAAACUAACUGGUGUGAAUCAGUGUCAAAAAGCAAUUCUUGAGUGGCAACGGGAUAAGAAAUAUGGCCUCAAUCGAAAGUAUCAAGUCAGUCGUAGUGACUUGGAAUUGGCAAACCAUUUGGCCGUUGUUCUCCAGCCGUUCUACGAAAUCACCUUGCAAGUAUCAACGGAAGGGUCACCCCGGUUAUCACAUGUUGUGGUUUUCAUCGACCAGCUUACUGAACAUCUUUCCACCAUCAUUUCCAAAAAGAAGUACCCAGCCGCAUUGAGGAAUGCCUGUUGUGCGGGUCUUCAUAUCACAAAUAAGUAUUACACACUAACUGACUGCUCUCCUUUGUACCGAGUUGCAAUGAUACUCCACUCCUCAUUUAAAGACAAGUACUUUAAAAUUGCUGGUUGGAGUGAAGAGUGGAUCAAAGAGGCAAUCAAUCUCACACGAGAGAUGUGGAUUGCAAAUUAUAAGCCCCAAGUUAAAGAAACAGCUGCCAAAACUCCUGUUACAAAACCAAAAUCCCUAACCAGUUUCAUAUCUCAACUUGGCGCUGCUUCAGCAGCGCGCUCAGGUAUUUCAUCAACCGACCCUCUGGACAUGUGGCUCUCCGGAGGCCUCAUCUUGGAAGGAUCCGAGCCGGUGGAUGCUCUCCAAUGGUGGCUGCAACAGAAGUGA